AGGUGAUGGUGGGGCAUUUUUUGAGGGACCCAAAUGAAACGCUCGCUGCCAGACAGUCAUUCAUCACCUCAGGAUGACAAGAGACCAAGGACAAGCCAUGACGCACUCCCCGCAACAAACACGAACCCACCGCCAACCAUCUUUGUGUCCUCUUCGAUAAGUGACAGAAAGUCAACAUUUGUCGCACAUGCUGCAGAAGUCCGCUCACCCCAAGAUCUCUCCCGUCUCACCCAAACGAUAACAAGCUCCAAAGCAACCCAAAAUGCAUCCCAUAAUAUUAGGGCAUGGAGGUAUCUCUCUCUUAAACCCGGAAAAACCGGAUUGGAGGGACCUGACGACUUUGGUGUCGUAUCUGGUUACGACGACGACGGCGAAAAAUGGGCGGGCUCUAAAAUUGCCAAAAUUUUAGAACAAUUUCAAGUCGUUGAUGUUGUUGUUAUUGUUUCGCGGUGGUAUGGAGGGGUAUUGUUGGGAAGUGCAAGAUUCAGGCACAUUGAGCAGGUCACCAAAGAGGUGCUGGAAUUGGGCGGAUGGAUAGGCCGUCCUCGCCAGGUCUCUCCUUCACCUGCUCAGCCUGUUGUGACUGCGACAGGUAUGACACUCGAAAAGGCUGAAAAACUGUUGAGAGCCAAAGACAGCACUGUAGACCAUUUGCGGCAGCGCCUGGAGAGUGCGGGGUCAGGGCCGCUAACCGCCAAUCCGUCACUGCCAUCUCCCACCAAAGGGUAUUCUGGGUUGACGCUUGAAAAGGCUGAGCGACUGAUCAAAGCGAGAGAUUCGACAAUUGCACAUUUGCGACAGAGACUGCUAGAGCAAGAAAUUGCUAAUGCAGAUAGUACCGGGAGCGAACUAAACACAAUCAAGCAUACUAGCCUAUAAUCUAUCUUGAUCUCCCUAGUGAGUCUUUUUCACUCGCGCCUUGGCUACCGCUUCUUUCGCGUCCCGACAAUUGCGACAGAGACUGCUAGAGCAA